AUGCAGGCACACCCCGCUUCUGCCAGCGGCACCUACAGCGCGCCCACCUCGCCGCGCGCGGGGCACCUGCACCUGGCCGGCGACGCCCGCGCACGCCGGGAUUCCGACACGGGGUGCGGCUCCGAGCCGGAGCGGCGCACCGGCAGCCAGCAGUGCCCCCACCAGGCCCGGACCUCGGUCACCGAGGGGGCAGCCACGGGCACAGCGGCCUGGGUGCCGCCCGACCGGCCGGCUGCGCACACCGGCGUCCCCACGCGGCGGCUGCGGAGCGGCAUGGUGCUGGUGCCUCUGCUGAUUGAUGCCUUUUCAGAUGCGGCGUCUGGAGAAGAAUUGGAUUCCCUGGCAAAACAUGAAUCCAGGGAAGAUAAAGUUUUCCAGAAGUUUAAAACUAAAACAGACCUCGUGCCAGAACAGAUCCUCAGGUACGGCAGAGGCAUCGCCCCCGUCUGGAUUUCUGGCGAGAAUGUCCCUCGGGAGGAGGACAUCCCUGAUUGCCCCUGUGGUGCCAAGAGAAUAUUCGAGUUUCAGGUCAUGCCCCAGCUGCUGUACUACCUGAAGGCUGACAGACUGGGCAGGAGCGUGGACUGGGGUGUCCUGGCCAUCUUCACCUGUGCAGAAAGCUGCAGGCUGGGCACUGGCUACGCGGAGGAGUUUGUGUGGAAGCAAGAUGUGGCGGCUGCACCGUAGGCGUGGGCCUGAGGCCGGGACUUGUCCUGCCAGCACGCCGGAGGUCUGGCCCAGCAGAGGCCCAGCGUCAUCCGCAGCGUGCAGAUGUGGGCGAGACGGGUGUCCAGGGGUGUCCGGCCGCGACGAGGCGCCGCUGUGCCGGGAGGCUCCUCCGGGUAGGGUAUUUCAGCAGAAAAUAUUUGUAUCUGUGCCAGGGCGUAGAAAUAAACCUGAACAACCACAGCUUGGCGUGAGGUGGCCACCUGUGUGCAGUG